CUGUGCCGCUGUCUGUCUGACAGUGUCUGUCUGUCUGUCUGUCUGUGGAUGAAUGGCAUCGAAAGAAUGGACCAUAACAGACAUCGAAAGAACGGGUUGGCCAUCAGCUUAUCUCCUGCUGACUGUGGUGCUUGUGCGAUCAGCCUUUAUUUCAUAAGGUCGCACACACAGCAAGGCCUCCAGGUAUGUAUCUUCCUUCAUCAAUCACUCACUGACGACAUCUCACGUUUGGUGAGACACACACACGCAGACGCGGAAAAAAAAAGAUGACACCGACUGCUCUCAUGCAUCAGGGGCUGGGCGGUUGACAAGAAGGCAUUACACCUACCUCAUAAACAUCGGCCGGGGAAGAAGAGACACUGAACCUCGUGAGCCUGUCCCAGACAGCUGUAGCCAUUCUGGCUAUCUCCUGGCAGAAACAGUCGCUCACUGACGAGGGAAUUGGUCAUCGACACGCACAGACACGCCAAAAACGAAUCCCACCGACCGCACUCGUCAAUCAGUCAUUGCGGUUGGUUGACAAAAACACCACGUCGCGUCACGCACACGCACACGUAUUACUCAUCCAGACACCGACGAACCCCACAGUCACAUGAUUGUCGGCGGCAGCCACACUCGAUGGAUGCAUCAUCGACAAAACUUCUCCCCCGCCCCCCCUCAUGCAUUCGAAUCAUACGUCCAAGUAACUAACUUGGAUGUGUCGAUCCAUCCAUCGGUCUCUCUGGAAAAAAUACGUCCACCAGCAUCGCAUACACUCGACAGAGGAAAACACUUACACAAAACACACACACGGACACACAAAACACACUCUCACGGACACGGACGGCAUACACGAGGCCAGCAAACGCAUUUCUUCAUGCAGACACGCCAGAAGGUCGACUCAUCGUGACUGUCACUUUGUCGUUGGCAGUGGUGACGGUGGCAGCGGUGACGGAGAUGGAAAAUCUCUGUCCUGCCCCCUCCCCCUGCUCCCGCAGAUGAGUGUACACCUGAGUGCUAGACGAGAAAAAUUCCAUGACAAACGUGACGCGCUGCAAAAGCGGGCAGCUGUCCAAGGCCGUCGCCAUACUCUCUAGCAUUGAAGUGCAAAAGGUGGCGAUGUGUGGGAUGGUUGGAGCGCCGAUAAAGGUGACAUGCAGCUGCCGCACUCUCUUCUCCAUGACCUCUCUGACCUCUCUGCCCUUGUCGCCAUCCCCAUACAGACGCCACUGAGCGAUAUCGAGGCCAUCACCGGAUCUCACUCUCAACACGAGGCUCGAGUGUAGGGUCAGUGGUUUGCCUUCGGGUGCCAAAAAGGCAGCCCCCGGCGGCACUACGCACAGCGUACCAUUCGGGGUCACGUCAGCCACGGCCUCAAAAGUGGCUGUCUCGAGUGCAGGCAGAGCACCCAGCACCUUCCCCACGCCACGCCCAUACAGCGCCUCGCCUGUCUGCCUUUCGUGGACAACGACCGACUCGACAGAUGGAAAAAACGAGGCAGGAUCGGACACGAUAGACGCGGGCAGACGCUCGGUAUCGAUACCGGGCCUGGGGAACCUGACCUGGGGCGGGAGACGAUCUUCAACGUACAGCUCCUUCGCCGUGCUGCACGCAAGCGCCCCCGCCGGCAGCGUGGCAUCGUCCAUCAGACCCCGCCCCUGUGGCCGCAGGACCACCGCGUCAGCCUGCGCGCAGAGGACCUGCGCGGUCGACAGGCAUGCGGUCAGUCGGCUGCGGACGCCCGAUCUGGUCUCUUGUGGGCCGAGGACGGUCUCGCUCGCCAAUGGGAGGCACAGGCAGAGCCUCUUGUCAUUGCGGGGGAUGGUGGGGAUGAGCCUCAGGGGGUCGAUGCUGUAGUACGUCUCCUCCGCAGUGGGGGCCAGACAUCUCGUCCGAAAGUGAUGCAGUGCCUGUUUGGUAUCGGACGCAUCACAGAGUCUCAUUGAGGGUUUGGCCGAUGCUUGACAGCUUCUCUUUGUGGUUGUGUGUGUACCUCGAUGCAACUGAGUUCGUUCUCAUUCCUUAGCAUCAGUUCAAUCUUCUGCAGGCGGCUCCCGUUGAGUGCUCGGAUGAAUCGCGGGAGCCUGUCCGGCCGAGGCGUGAGAAGACCCGUCAGGGACGUGAGCGUCGCGGCUGAUCAUGAGAAAAAGAGAAAAACCGUCAGUUGGGCCUUUCUGACAAGUCCUGUCUGUCUGUCUGUUUAUCUGUCUGUCUGUUUGUCUGUCUGUCUGUCGAUCUGUCAUAGCACCCCUCACCUGACUGCGUCGGGGUGCUGAUCAGCGAGCUUGCCACCUCAUUGAGGUCCAUAGUUUCCACACGCUGCUCCUGCAAACACACACACACGCGUCAUCUGGUCGUCACAUCUGUGUGUGUCCUUAGCGCACCUCUCCGACGAUGUGGAUGGAUGUGAGGCCCACUGAGGCCCGUCCGAUCCAUUUUAACGGAGCCGACGUACUACUCAUUGUCAAGUGUGAGAGGGCGGGAAACUGGUAGUUGCGCAGGUCCGGUUCGAUGCCCCACGAGUCUCCACGGACGCUCACCUUCCGCAGGUGGGGGAACACGAUCGGCUUCUGGACAGAUACAAAGUGCAUCGAUAUAUGUUGUGUGCUGUUCUUCCCUCGUGCGUCCAUUCCAUGCCUGUACCUUCUUUUCCACCUCCUUUUUUCUUUCCUCUGGUACCACUGGCAUCUGCCACACACACACACACCGAUAGAAUCAUGCUCUCCUGCUUGCCUCGGGUGUGUCUGCCUGUUACCUUGUCUGCCAUCUUGUUUCCACCGACGGCCUCGGAGGUGGCCUUCCUCCUCAUGGGGGGUGGGGCCAGCAGCCUGCGGGGUGCCUGCCACUGGCCCCGGAGGUCGAUUGUCUGGACGGUCGGCGCAGUGGCCUCGAGCACCUGGAGGAGCGAUGCCGUCGGCCCGCGGUCCACAACCAACGUAUGGCACAUCGACAACCGACCUGAUGCGCACCCACACACACACACAGAUGUGUCGUGUCGGUUCGUGUAUUUGGUGGCUUGUUGCCCAUUUCUUACCUGUCCAUCUGGCAGCGAUGCUUGGCUUUGGGCUGCGGUUGAGCUGGACGAUUGGGUGCAUGGCCGGCUGCUCCGUGAGAGAGCGAAAGUGGGUGCUCACGCGAAGGAUGGACUCGAUUGAGGGAAUGAAGCCCAGGAAGCAGCCAAUGCCGAUGCGCCGCUCGUCGCUCAUCCAGAGGACCUCAGGCACAUUCUCCAAAAGCGAAUACUCAACCUGACAGACAGACAGCAACAACAGCAUUGCAACCUCUCUUCAACACGUGAUCGGCUUGCUAACCUGCUCAUCUCUGCCGACAUUGGCCAUCUUGCCUUCGAUCAUGGCGACCUUGCUGGCCAUCUGCACCCGCAAAACCUCCAUCCGCCGCUCAGCUUCCGUUUCCUGGAGUUGCGGCUGAGUCUCUAGCCGGACCAUCGACUGCAGCACACGCAGGUGUUGGUCGACGUCCUGACAACACAAGGCAAUAAUUAAUAAGGGUCAGAUAUUUGCUUCAGUUUGUGUUGGUGCGUGUUGGCCUCCUCACCUGCACUCGGUUUUGCUGUGCAUCUGUUUGGGGCGGCGGCAGGGCAUCCCUCACUGCGAACAAAUGCUGUGCCUGAGCAGUCCAGGUGCCAGACACAGACACAGACACAGACAGGCGGUCGCUGUGUCACGGACGGGUGGGUGGGUGGAUGCAUACAUACAUGUGUGAAUCGUUCACCUUUGCCUCUGCCUCCUCGACGCGUGCCAGCUGCCUCUGUAGCUUGGCCUUGACGGCGCUGAGGACCGACAAGACGGCGGUGUCACCAUGCCCACCCUGAUUGAUUGCAUUACACAAACCCAUCCGUCCCGUCCCGUCCCCACUUCAUCAAAUGUCUUUUGUCUUUCCCCCCACCUGCAUGUCGAUGUCAUCUUCCACACCCAUGGGCGUGCCAGCGUCACUGUCCUCCGUCCUGCCCUGGCCACCAGCCAUCGCCGCAGCUGCCGCGCCACUGACACCAUGCUGCGUGCUGCCCACUCGCUGUUUCUUGCUGACCCCCGCUGCUGCGUCUAUGGAUGUGCGUCUGCAUCCUCCACCUGCACCACGGGCACCGCUGCUGCUGCUGCUUGCUGCCUCCUGCUGCUCAGCUGGCACUUCUUCGUCUUCUUCUCUUGUGCGUUUGUUGCGAGAGGGAGGGGCGGAUGCUGAGGCACUCUGGGGGGGCGUGGCGUCCAUGUCUGGACGGCUGGAAGGUGGGCCGUCCAUCGGUUAGAGAAGGGAGAAUUUAUGGCGG